AUGCCUGGGGCGGAAUGCCGCUCACUAUCUAUCUUUCAGAUAGAUUGUCUGGUUUCCUCAUUAAAUAAGAAAAAUAGUAGGGCAGCUUUUGCUGAGAUUUACCAGUUAUGUGCUCAAAAUUCAAGCGCUACUGAGCGCCAUCUAUUGUGCAGCUUAUUUUCUAAUAUUGAUUUAUCGCAAUGUGAUACAAAGAAGUCUUCCAAAGAUUCCCCUCAGGAUCGGAGUCAGGGUAAGCCCGGUGCAUCAUCGGUGACGAAAAAUUCCGCUCAGCAUCCAUUGUUAGCAAUUGUGACGAAGUUGCUCAACAGCGUUUCAUUUACCUCUGGUCUCGCGGCCGGCCUCACGUUGACGCACGCCACGAAGGCGGAGGUGUCUUUGCACUUCCAAAGGUGGUUUCUCUCCCGCCUCUCCGACUUCGUGAAGCCUCUGGAGCUGGCCAAUCAGGAAUGCUCGUUGUCCGAGGCGCAGGAACAAUUAGCCACCCUCAAAACGGGUCUACUCGAGGACAUUGGAGUAGAAGUCCUACAUUUCCUACUUAUGCAUCUUCUGCUGCCUUCCAAUCCCUAUCACUUGACGCCCGUGGCGACCUCCACUCUCCGUCGUGUCCUGCGAGAAGGCUUCCAAGAUUCCCGUGUGCCAUUGGUACUCUCCUGUUGCCUUUCUCUUUCGAGCGAUGACAACACCAACGACGCCGACGAGGAAUUAACCUCGGAGGCCUGGUUUCCCGACAGCGGUCUGUUGCGUGCUCUAACAGCCCCGAGUUGUCCCGUCGUGGAUCGAUUGGCCGAGGAGAAUGUCGACGCGGUUGCCGCCAAUGUUGGAAGGACUCACGAAGUCGGCGACUCGCUCCUUGCCGAUGUCAUUGAGGAGCUAGGAUUCGCUGCCACCUCCACGUUGGAUGCGGUGAAGCUGGUGCUGUCAGAAUUCGAGCCGGAAGAUGUGACGCCGGCCGCAGUGGCCAGGUGUCUGUGCAUGUUCAUGCAGACGGCCAGUGGGCGGGGACAGGCACCGCCGAGUCAUCACCAGACCGAGAACCUCACUGACCUUCUCUCGACCAAUUGCAACUCGCCCGGUGCCGGCAACCGACGUCUGGACAACCUGCGUGUUGACGAGGACGUCAACGAGUGGAACUUGGACAACUUCCUUGCCGGUGUCCACGACUUCAACGCGAACCUUUCUCUCUACCAGGUAGCCUGUUGUCUUUUAAUCUUCUCUACCCUUCCACCGACACAGAUCAUUCUCGAAUUGGACUGUCCACGGUUCUACGUACAAGACCACGCGGGUUUCAUGCUGUUGAAGCGCUUCCUACUCUACGAGACGCGUGAUCACGAGCUGCCAGUGGAGCUAUUCUAUCGACCGUGGAACAACGCGCCAGGGCAGUUAUCCUUCCUCCAGCAGUGCUCGCUCCACCCCGACACCAACUGCCUCACCUACUGGCCGUUCACCUGUGUGGACCUCGAGGGCUUUAAGUUGAGCUCGGAGGACAAGAGCGCCGCCGUGCAGAUCUGGAAGAACGUGGACUACGUGAAAGCGCUGCUGAACAUCUCGACACGCGGUCUCUUCGCGGAGGUUCGGGGUCUCUUCAUGCGCGCCUUCAAUCUCUGUCCGGACAUUUUCACAGCAACCCUCCUAGAAACGCCGCACAUGCCUCCGUUGAAGUGUUCGAUGCUGUCGCUUGCCUUCGCGCGCUUCCUCCUACCGCGACCGAAUUCACAAAUUCUCCUGCAGACUGCCUGGAGCGGUUGCCAGAAAAACCUAAGUGCUUGCGAACGCCAACUCCUGCGAGGCCAUCUGCUGGCGGCUGCCCUGCAACUGAUGCAUUCCUGGACGUGCAACAUUAACGGCCUCAACAACUCCAACCUUGAGCCCGCGUCCGACACACCGCCUCAGCCUACCUUCUUCAAUCUCAUCGAGGUGGUAAUGCGCAUCCAAGGCAACCCCGUCAUGCCCCUGGCCAUGCUCCUUGGUUCGCGCAACCGCCCCGUCUCCAUCGCGGUCUGCCAACUCUGGCCCACCGUGGACGUGUCCGCGAUUGAGUCUUGCGAGGGCUCGCCGGUACACCGCCUCGCACCCCCUCCGGUGCCUCUGCUCCUCGACUUGGCCCUCUGUGUUGUUGUCUACAUGGUGGACGCGGUGAAGACGCUAAUGGAUGCUGCCAGUAGUGAGGGGCACUCACAACACCGCCAGCUACAAUUAUCCGCAAUCCAAUCCUCUCUUGACUCCUUCCUCACAAACUGGUUCGUGGAACAAAUGACGGGCGAAAAGGAGGAUGUAGACCUUUUCUGCGUGCAACUUGUGGACUAUCUACGCAGGCGUUACCCAACUCUGGCCGAUGCCCUAGCGCCGCCCGCGAUGCCCAUAUCGACCCAAGCACCGCCUCCGCCCCUGCCCUCAACCGUCGCAGAUCCCAAUCGACACCUCCCAGAUCACCUACGUCAGCCCGGCUACGCUCUCAUCCGGCACGUCAUCAACUCCGCUCGGAAGGCCCUCAGAAGUCCGUCUAUCUGCGUCUCGCCGAAGGUCGCCGCCGAGGCGCACCAGGCGUUGGCUUUCUUUCUGCAGAACUUGGCUCGCAUCUACUGCCUCCCGGGCACUUCUACUGCCGGCAGCUGCGUCGCCGCAGACCAGGGCUCCACCGUCGUCGCAUCACCCCACCAUCUUCAUCCUCCCGUCUCAACCUCUGCUUGGACUCAUCCCAAGGAGGCUUCUGCAGCGAGAUCUGCCAUCGCGGUCGGAUUAAGCAGCCUAGUCCAGCGCCUCCCUCAGACAGGGCUAAUGUCUGGCCCAGUUCAACCCCCGUGUGCCGGCGGAGGCACGCCUCUUUCUCCCCCGAUAUACCUCAGUUUCAGCAACGACCCCAUCGAAUUAGACUUGCCCACCGAUGUGGAGUUCCAAGUCAACUCGUUCUUUGUCAAACUCCUCCAAGCCGUCAACACACCAGAGGAGAUGCUCAAGGUUGCCUACGACUACGCAACCAGUGACUCGGCCAACCAGAAGAAGUACCUCGACGGCAUCCUCCGAAUGCUUGCCUAUGAAGUUAGCCGUCACCUCCACGACUACCCCGAGCACGUUCUUAAGCCCAUCACGGAGCUCUACGGGGGUGUACUUGCUACUGUUGCUAGUCACCUCUCGGUUCCGGCUUUGUCGAUGCUGUGGAGGGCGUUUUUAACACGACUCUACCUUUUCCAACCCGACACACCGGUUGACUCCCAUCUCUACGCGGGCGUCGUGCGUGUUCUAAUGAAGGCGAAGCCAACCCUUGUGCGCUACGCCAAUCUAACCAGCCACCUCAUAAACUGUCCGAUUUUCAAAUUAUUCCCAGCCGAUCUGCGAGAGCAACCCCAGCAACAGGUGCAGCCGCUAAAUCGCCAGCAGCAACAGCAGCCAAUGUUCUCACAAGUUGCUCCCAUGACCGGAGUUCCGCAACAAGCGCUGCCUUCGGUAUCUGUCGCUGCCUACAACGUGGGUGCUGCCACCUCGGGUGCCAUCGGUGGCGCUGGAUCCGCUUCCCAUGUCGUGUCAGCGACGCAAAUGAUGAAUCACCACCAACCCAGAGAUGCUGCACAGUCUGCGUCUCUCAGCAGUGCAGGUGGCCUGCUUCUACGAUACGAGGACGUUGACCUCGCGACAGUGCGCUCGUGUAUCAACGUUGACGAGCUAAUUCAACAGAUCGCUGUAUACUCACAAUCUUCAAGCCAAAACGCCGGUGGUGGCGGCGGGUCUUCUAGUGCCGCAGCAGCUGCCAUGUCAGCCAUGGCUCUUUUGCAUUCGGAACCGUCGAUUCGCCAGCUAAUCCUACCGGCUAUCGAGAAGGCAGUCAAUGAACUCAUCACGCCACUUUUUGAGCGCUGUUGCCUCAUCACCGUGCCCACGGUGGAAACCGUGGUGAGAAAGGACUUCGCCCUGCAACCCGAUCCAGCUCAGAUGCUGCGUGCUGCCAAGCAGAUGGUGCGUCACCUCGCCGCCAGCGUGUCGCUCAUCACCGCCCGUGAAGCCCUCUCCGUAUCCCUGGGCAACAACCUCACAAACAUAAUUUGGAACAGCGUGAAACCCGCAAGCCAACAGGAGAAGGAGGCGGUGGAGUUCAUCGCGAUGCUUGUCGUUAGCAAGUCUAUGCACGUGUGUCUGGCGUACAUGCAGAAGACAGUGGCUGAACGAGCCGUUAGAGAAGUGGAAAAGAAGCUCGAACCAGAUGUGAAGAUGCGUCAGGAAUUGGGACCUCGGAGGUUUCUGGAGCAAGUUACCGCUGCUCACCAGAGCCUACCAGAAUGCGUUCAGUCACAUCCGUUUGUUCUCCGACCAAUGCGUCCGACCGUCUACCAGGAGUUCGAGCGAUCGAUUCCUGGAUUCGCACCAUCAGCUGCUGCUUCGUUGUCACCGGGCUGCAUCGUCCCAGCACAACCCUCUUCUCAGGCACAGCAGCAGAUUUUGCAACGCGCCACUGGUCUGAUUGCUCAACAACCACCUCCGAACACGUCAGCGACGAGUUCACAACAGCAACAGCAGCAAAAAAUGGCUGUUGCAGCUGCUGCCCAUCUGCUUCUUCAACAACAGCAGCAACAUCAGGCCCAGCAGCAAUAUCUCCAGCAGCAUUCCGGUACUUCUGCUGCCUCGCAACAGCCUGCACCUCCAAUUGGUGGACUAUUUGACACUGUUGUUGUUCACAUUCGACGACACCUGGGAGCCAUAAGGAGUUGGCUCGCGUCCUCCUCAGCCACCGCCGCAGGCACAUUUCCACAGGACUCGCCCAUGGUCCGAUCUCUGCAGAAUCUCAUUGAGUCGGCACAACUGGCCAAGACUACGUCGUCAUCGAACUCUGGUUCCGGUGGCGAGAGUGCCGGUGUGCGCUUGAUUGCAACGCUAGUUCAAUCUCUGCUGACGCAUUAUCGACCAUCCAGAUGGGCUGAUCAGCCGGGAGGCCUCCAGGCUAUGGAGCAUCUGAAGGAGGCGCACAUGAUUACCCUGAGGCACCUUCUUUCCUGUGAACAGAGCUCGUGGGUUGCCAGACAAGUGACAUGCCAGUGGAUUCAGCUGCCCGAUGGCGACCUUGAGCCUUCAAGCACAAACAUCCAACCGGCGUCGUAUGCGUCGCGAGUUGAACACCUAUCCACGUUAGCAACAAUUGCAAUGGCCAAGUCUGCGCAAACUGCGGUUUCGAGUGCAGGCAAUGCAGGUGCCUCGGAUGAAGCGUCGGCCAAUGACGCAGGCAUUGUUGGAAGCAAGUGGAAUUGGGAAGCCUUCGCAGAACUGCUCAAAGUUCAUGUGAUUUACCUAACCCAAAUCGACGCAUACUUGGCGGGAAAGAUCGCCUCAGGUCACCAGGCGGCAACGACAUUUGUCCUCAACUUGCUCGAUCACUUUGUGCUACCGAGCUUAAUGGGCACUUCGUCAGUGAACCAAGUUGGAUCUGGUUCUGCGACCGCCAGCCAAGGUGUCACCGAUACUUCCUCGACACCCAUGGCAGGCACGAUCGCAGGCGUCUCUUCGUCCCCGUCCAACCCCACGGCCAAUCCCAAUUCGUCAGUUGCAUCUCUUCUUGGCAGUCUGUCUAACACACUUGCUCUGAUAAACAGCAAACGAGAGUUCACCGUCCUUAAUGAAUACGACUUCUGGCUUACCAUCCAUGCACUCCAGGCACACCAACGCAACACCCUCAUCUCACCCGGUGACACCAAUUUGCGCUUGCGACUGUCGUGCGCGCGCAUCAGAGCGCUGCUUGACUGGGGUCUUUUGGGGGAGCAGUCGGUUGUUACAUUGUGUCCUCCCACUGCGCCGGAAACCAGUGCUCUCUUUGCUGGGUGCUCUCGUGCUCGUGAGUUCGAUGAUACACCGCAAAUGAAGGCCAAGACAGAAACGUUUUUCCGUUGGUGGUCGGAUUUCUACCGCAAUCAGAACGUGACUUGUGAGAAUGAAUCGCUGGUUGACCAGGUGAUCAAUAACCUCGCGAACCUUGGUGUUCUGUCUGUGGACGAAAACUUGACCAGAUUCUUUCGACUGGCAACUAUCUACGUGGUGGAACGAGCGUUGAGCACUCUUAAGAUUGCAGAGCAGGCUCCGCCCAAUUUCUCCUCUGCGACCAGAGUCAACGGAUAUUAUGAGUUGGAUGCGUAUGCGCGUCUCAUCAGCAUAACUAUCUCUCGGAUCGGUGCGAGAAGCGAGACCGCGACUGAAGGCAACCGUGCAAAGUUUGCUCUGCUGAACAAGGUGCUAGGCAUAAUCGGCGGAACCCUUCUCCAGGGCCACGAAGUGCGACCGGAGUUGUUCCACGCGAUGCCUUUCCAACGGAUCCUGGUGAGGCUGUUCGUAGACCUGUACGCAAUGUGUGGGAGCGUGAAGGAGACAUCUUCAGGUCGUAGCGAGGGUGAGGAGUCGACAGGUCUUACUCUUCUGGAGUAUGUUCCUCUGGCGUAUGGCAAUCUGCUGCACAUGCUGCGACCAGAGCGGGCAACCAACUUCAUAUUCGCGUGGCUCGAGAUAGUGGCACAUCGGGAGUUUGUGGACCAAACCCUGGGUGCAUCGAGGAAAGACGGCGUGUCGCCCACCUUACGUGCAGCCUAUCGUGCUGUCUACGCUCAACUGCUAGUCGACAUUCUUAAAUUCCUCUCAUUCUACCUCCAGAAUGCUCUGUUGCCGAAGCCUAUUGCCUGCCUGUACACAGCCACCUUCCGGCUGUGUCUGGUUCUCUUCCACGACUUCCCUGACUUCGUGACGGAGUACUGUGUGCUCUUGAGCAACAUCGUGCCAUCGGAUUCUCUCCAGCUGAGGAAUCUGCUUCUUUCUGCAGAACCCAGACGAGGUGUUCCCUCAACUGACCCAUUGAACGUGAGUUCGCGUCACUACCAUGUGUCUAGAAUCAUUGCACCACCCGUGGACCAGCUGAGUCAAUUGGAGGAUCCCUCGGGAUACUGCAUGGAAGCCGGUGAAAGACUGCCACCCAUUCUCCGUGGCGAAAUCGACACGUACCUGACAAGCCGCGCACCGGUUAAAUUGCUUUCCGAACUCGUAACUAUGCUGCGCCUGACCGACUCUCUCCUCACAUUCCUCAUCAAUCCUCCUGGACUCUACACCUCGGCUCUGGCCGCCGCCACCGCCGCCACUCAGACGACGAGAGGGGAGCACGACGGGGGUGAGGCGGUGUCCCAGGAGGCCCCACCUCAACCACAGGGCAAGAAGGCGAAGAAGGCGGCCGCUGCGAAGGCUGCUGCGGCGGCAGCUCAACAACAGGCUAUCCUGUCUGCGGCUGGCCAACAGGCCAACGCCGCCAUGCUCUGGUCUGCCCGCGCCACCCAACAUCUCUCCACCUUCGGCCUAGCUGACAAUCUCCACUACAACGUCGAGUUGAUGAUGAAUGUAGUUCUGUACAUCUGCAUCACUGCAGUGAAGACUCUGCGUGAGACCGGCAUGCCGCUGAAUAUGACAACAGUAGCGCACACUCCACAGAUGGACAUUAUUCAGUCGCUUGUUCUUAAUCUUGAUAAUGAAGGUCGCUACCUCCUGCUCAAUUGCAUGGCGAAUCAGCUACGUUACCCAAACUCGCACACGUACUACUUCUCGUACACGAUCCUCUACCUGUUUGCGGAGCAGUCGAAGGAGCAGGUGAAGGAGCAGAUUAGUCGUGUGUUGAUGGAGCGUCUGAUUGUGAAUCGUCCUCACCCAUGGGGUCUUUUGAUGACGUCAGCUGAACUUUUGCGCAACCCUGUGUACCGUUUCUGGGAGCAUGAGUUCGCCCGAUGCCACAAGGAUAUGGAGGACAUUGUGACAAUUGUUGCGCGCAGCUGCAUCUCAAACUUCAACCCACCCACGGGUGCAGCACCUCAGUCUUCGUCGUCGUCAGCGUCGCAGCAGCAGCAAACGGCUUUGGCCACAGGCGGAGCCAGUCAGCCGCCUUCUGGCAGCCUUCCACGCAACCCCCAGCACCCAAGUCCUGGUGAUAGCAAGCCAGCCGCCACCCUGACCUCGUGA